AUGGGCAGCGCAGGCUACGACAGACACAUCACCAUCUUCUCCGAUCAGGGUCGCCUCUACCAAGUUGAAUAUGCAUUCAAGGCCAUCACUGCAGCAAACAUCACCUCGGUCGGCGUCCGCGGUAAGGACUGCGCAGUCGUCAUCUCGCAAAAGAAGGUCCCCGACAAGCUGAUCGAUCCCUCGUCCGUCUCGUACAUCCACAGACUUUCGCCGUCAGUCGGCUGUGUCAUGACUGGUUCCAUCGCAGAUGCAAGAGCUUCGGUCAUGAGAGCGCGUGGUGAAGCUGCCGAAUUCAGAUACAAGAACGGUUAUGAGAUGCCCUGUGAUGUUCUGGCCAAGCGCCUCGCAAACAUCUCCCAGGUCUACACACAAAGGGCAUACAUGAGACCCCUAGGCGUUGCCACGACGCUCAUCUCAGUCGACUCCGAGUUCGGUCCUCAGCUUUACAAGUGCGAUCCUGCAGGCUACUUCGUCGGUUACAAGGCCACCGCAUCAGGUCCCAAGGCACAAGAAGCCAUGAACCACCUCGAGAAGAAGCUGCGAAACAAGAACUGCGCUGAGGGUAACUGGGAGGAGGUCGUUGAGCUCGCCAUUACCACUCUCAGCACAGUGCUGAGCGUUGAUUUCAAGAAGGGUGAGAUUGAGAUUGGCAUCGUCGGCGGUCCCCGUGCAGAUGGAAAGGAAGGCACCACAAACGACUUCAGCACUCUGACCGAAGAGCAAAUCGAUGAGCGUCUGCAAUCGAUUGCUGAGAAGGACUGA